AUGGGCGACCACCAGCCGUACGUAACCAUUCGGUCGCGACGACCCGCCGACGGAGACAGCAGCGUGAGCAGUGCCGACUCGACUUACGGAUCCAACUCCGACGGUGCGCCCCGUACCGCCACCCACGAUGUCAGCCGCGUGAGCCACCAUGUGAAGCAUCUCGGCAGCUUCGCGCAGACUUUGGAACAUCGAUAUACGAAGGUUCAGGCCCUGCUGCUCCACUGGGGCUGCGAUGAUCUCUUUGUGCUGCCCGAGCUGGAGGACUUGGAAAGGUGCCUCCGGGAGGACUAUGCCUAUGAGACUGAAAUCUUCCCUAUACCGUCUGAGAACUCACAUCUGGAGCUCAUGAUGCAAGUGGGAAAGUUGAUCAAAGACCAUGAGGCCCAGGACACGCUCUUUUUAAUCUACUACGGUGGACAUGCCAGGAUAGACGAGUCCAGGCAGAGUACCUGGUGCGCAACAUGGCAUCCCGACUCGCCUUGGCUUCAAUGGUCCGCGAUCCAGACAUUGUUGGAACGUUCGGCAUCUGACGUUCUCAUCCUCCUCGACUGCUGCGCUGGCGCUGCAAGCGCAACAUUUUCCAAUGGCAACAGCAUCACCGAGACCAUCUCUCCCUCAAGCUGGGAUGCUAUCGUCCCAGAUCCAGGUCGCUACUCCUUCACGAACGCCCUGAUCGAAGUGAUGCAGGAAUGGCGCCUCCGCGCCUUCUCUGCAGCGAUGCUACACGCCGAAGUGCUCGCCCGCUUGAAGCACCCACGCCCUGUCACCAUCAACGGCAAGCUACUCGAGGCCAGGUCGACCCCGGUCCAUUUCAUGAUGACGUCUAACCACAAGGCACCCAGCAUCGAGUUGUCCCGAAUCGUGCCUACCGGAAAACGGCCGCCCUCGCCUCCUCGGGAGAUCCCGGCGAACGAGUUACCCGAGGGGGUAACUGGCGGGCGAGGUCCAAGUAGCCCCAUAUCUGGCGAGCCGAACGAGGAAACGCCUCAUGUCAUGAUCUCGCUCGCGCUAGAGGAUGAUCAGCAGCUGGACCUCAACGCAUGGAAACAGUGGCUGUCAAACUUCCCGGCCAUGGCCAAAUACGUCAAGGUCCAAGGUGUUUUCAAAAGCCACUCUACACUCCUCCUGGUGUCCAUGCUGGUUAUGAUAUGGGAUCUCCUGCCUGAGGAUCAUGCCACCUCUUUUGUGGCCUUCAUCCGGUCGAACAACCUGGUGGCCCAGAAGACAUUCAAAGAAGAAGCCGAAAUCCAAGCAGAAUUCUUGGCCAGCAAGCAGCUCAUAUAA